UAAAACGCCGAGUUUGACCAUUGAGCUCGGCUCGUUCAGAAUCGUCGUUGGAAAGUCGCUCGGUUCCCGCCAUUACGUGCUUUUUCUACCGUGUAGCGAUUUGAUUACCGGAGGAAGGCACGAUGACGGACACCCAGUAUUCAAAUUACCAGCAACAGGGGUACAAUCAGUACAGCCAGCCACCACCUACUGGUGGUCAGGAUACUUCGUAUCCGCCACCAUCUAGCGGUGGUGGCGGCUAUAAUCAGUAUAGCCAACCACCACCAAAUACUGGAAGCAACUAUGGCAGUUACAACAGUUACAAUUCCAGCGGUGGCCCAGACUACAAUCAGCCGCAGAGUUACAACCAAAACAGUUAUGGCAGCGGCAGUGGUUCUGGAGGUAACAGCGGCGGUGGUGGCAGUUAUGGUGGAAAUUAUGGACACGGGGGCGGAGGUAGCGGUGGUUAUAAUCGCAACAAUUCUAGUGGAGGCUAUGGUGGAGGCCAAGGAGGAGGUGGUGGCAGUAGAUAUGGCGAUCGUGGGGGAUACAAUGACCGCUCUGGCGGUGGCUACAACAGUGGCGGUGGCCGUGGUGGUUAUAACAAAGGGGGCUACGGUGACCGUGGCGGUGGCAACGAUGGAAUGGUUACUCAAGAAGAUACUAUAUUUGUAUCUGGUAUGGAUCCUUCAAUCUCGGAGGAAGAAAUUUGCGAACACUUUGGAGCGAUUGGUAUAAUAAAACACGAUAAGCGUACUGGCAAGCCAAAAGUGUGGAUGUACAAAGACAAGAAUACUGGCAAGUCGAAAGGCGAAGCCACCGUGACUUACGACGACCAGAACGCCGCGCGUUCGGCGAUAAGCUGGUUCGACGGGAAAGAGUUCAAAGGGCGUACUAUAAAAGUGCAGAUUGCUCAGCAUAAGAGUAACUGGCAAGGCAACCGCAGUGGCGGAAGUCGAGGCGGCGGCGGCGGUGUCCGAGGCCGCGGUGGUUUUGGCGGCCGCGGAGGCGGUGGUGACAGAGACGAUCACCACCGUGGAGGCAGCGGUGGCGAUGAUAGACGCGGCGGCGAUGGAGCUGGUCGUGGCGGAGACUGGAGGUGUCCGAAUCCCGAGUGUGGUAACACAAAUUUCGCCUGGAGAGAUCAAUGCAAUCUCUGUAAAAGUUUGAAACCAGAGGGCGCUGGUGGUGGUGGAGGCGGCGGCGGGGGUGGUGUACGAGGUAACCGUGGCGGCGAUCGGGGUGGCCGAGGAGGUUUCAGAAGCGACAGAGGUGGCCGUGGAGGCGACAGGGGUAGCCGAGGAGGUGGUUUCCGCGGUGGAGACAGGGGACGAGGCGGUCGAGGUGGACCCAUGAGAGGAGGCGGCGGCCGAGGUGACAGAGACAGGGAUCGUCAACGUCCUUAUUAAAUAACAUUCAAAACAAAAUGAUUGGUAAAGAUCACUCAUUGACAUACUGUACACAUUUUGUACACAGUUUUGACGUAUGUACAUUAUUCGCAAACACAG